UAUUUUCUCAGUAAAGCCAAUCCUAUUUUUCAUAUAAAUCAAACGUCGCCGUCUUCCACCUCUCUAGUCCAAGUAGGAUUAACUGGUAAUUACGGAGACGCCACACUCUGCUUCAAUGGCUGCCGCAGUGACAUCUCAGGCCUCUCUGAAACAACCAAAGCUGCUCCCUUUCUCACCAAAAACCCCGCAAAACCCUAGCCCCACUUUAAUCUAUGUGCCCUCUUUCACGAACUCAAAACUGAAAUCUGGUCUCAAAUUGGGAAAUGGGUUCGCUGCAAAAGCUUCAAUGGUUGUCAAUGAGACCGAUUCGAAGUCUUCAGUUUCUGAAAAGAGGGCCAACAGCCCCAUCAUUGUUAUUGACAAUUAUGAUAGCUUCACCUACAAUCUCUGCCAGUAUAUGGGAGAGCUUGGAUGUCACUUUGAAGUUUAUCGCAAUGAUGAAUUAACAGUGGAUGAACUAAAAAGGAAAAAUCCUAGAGGAGUCUUGAUCUCCCCAGGGCCAGGGGCACCCCAAGAUUCUGGAAUAUCAUUGCAAACUGUGUUGGAGUUAGGACCCAUUGUCCCCUUGUUUGGUGUGUGUAUGGGUCUGCAGUGCAUUGGGGAGGCUUUUGGAGGGAAUGUUGUUCGUUCUCCUUAUGGUGUUGUGCAUGGGAAGAGCUCUCCCGUGUAUUAUAAUGAGAAGGAGGAAGACAGCUUGUUUGCUGGACUAUCAAACCCUUUCACUGCUGGCAGAUAUCACAGUCUUGUAAUUGAAAAGGACAGUUUUCCUAGCGAAGAACUUGAAAUUACAGCAUGGACCGAGGAUGGACUGAUAAUGGCUGCUCGUCACAAGAAAUAUAGGUAUCUUCAGGGUGUCCAGUUCCAUCCUGAAAGUAUCAUCACUUCCGAAGGCAGGACAAUCGUUCGCAACUUUGUAAAACUGAUCGAGAAAAGUGAGUCGGAAUCUGAGAAUAACUAGAGGUUUGGUUUGUCUACACAGUGUAAUGUAAUGUAUCGGAUCAAUAUAUAUUUAUGGGCCUUUAAGUCAGCUCGCUAGUGAAUCAGAAGUUGAUCAUGUUUCUCGUCUACUCUUUCAAUGUACUUCAUCACAUGUAGACAUGUAGUAUUUCAACUCUAUUAUAGUAUUAUCAAUCCUUCCAUAACUUCCUGAAGAUAA